AUGGCAGGCGCUGGUCCUUCUGUCGCUAUACAUGACUUCAUGCAGGACUUUUCAAAGUCACAAGAUCAAGUGACCCAGCUUUUGACGUUUAACUUCCUUCUCCUUGGUAUUGGUAACCUAUUUUGGGUUCCACUUGCCUUGAAAUUUGGCAAGAGAGCAUCGCUUUUGAUGGCCAUGGCCUUGCAGACGGGCUCUCUGAUUUGGUGUGCGCUCGCCAAAAGCUUUGAUAGCUUGCUCGCUGCCCGAAUCGUACUGGGCUUUGCUGCUGCCGCUGGAGAGGUAAGUUAUUGGGUUUUGGGCAAGCAUCGUUCCAGAAGUAGUCGCAGAUCUCUUCUUAACGAACGGGCCACGAUGAUGUCCAUAUAUGUUAUCCUGAUAUCUGGGGGAACGGCUAUUGGUCCUCUCAUCGCCGGUUUUAUGGUUCAGUCCACUGCCCAAACAUGGAGGAGUUACUUUUGGCUCUGUGUCAGCUUGGCCCCUACAAACCUCGCUUUUCUAUUCUUCAUCUAUCCAGAAAGCAACUUUAGCCGACCCGAUUUCGAAUAUCACAGUCGAAUCGAAAUGGAACCCGUCGGGCACGAGGAAGCGACUGAAAAGUCGAAGUCCAGUUUUAUUGAAGACGUUUCUACAGAUAACCUGGGAUUCACGAUGUCCACCCUCCUCAUCCCUCCGCCGUAUAACUUUUCGUUAAUUGAUAUUGGCCUCAUGGAGAUAGCUGCGGUAAUCGGAUUUGUGGUGGCCUGCUUUGGUGGCGGGUAUAUGUCAGACAUCAUCACCGCAUACAUUGUUAAAAGAAGAAUAGGCGAGAUCCGACCUGAGCAACGCCUUCUCUCGUUGAUUCCUGGAAUGUUCAUAGCCCCAGCAGGAUGUAUUCUCCUUGCCUUCGCAUGCCAAAACAAGCUUAGUUGGGUUGCAAUAGCCUUUGGAUUUGGAAUGGUUUCAUUUGGGGAAGUCUACACUCCCAACAUUGCUCUUACCUAUGUGGUUCAUCGGCAUCAGAAAAUUGCCGCCCAGCGCCUCGUUCUCAUCAACGUUUUCAAAAACAUUCUUGCAUUUCUGUUCUUGUAUGAGGCCGUUCCUUGGGUCACAUCCCAGGGCUUUACUCAAAUUUUUAUGAUCAUGUUCAUGUUAAACAUGCUUACUUUGGUCCUAGCUAUUCCACUGUACUUUGACGGACACCGGGAUCGCGAAUGA